AUGCCGAUUCCCGCACCCAAUCUUUAUCCGCCAUUCAACAUCGUCCGGCUCAGCCAUGUGGAACUGGCAGUGACGGAUCUUUCGAAAAGCCGGGCGUUUUAUGUGGAUACGCUCGGACUGCAGGUUACUGACGAGAGCCCGGAAGCGAUUUAUCUGCGUGCAAUGGAAGAACGCGGGCACCACUGUAUCGUCCUGCGGAAAUCAGAUGAACCCCGCGCCCGUGAUCUUGGGUUCAAGGUGUUUGACGAAGAUGAUCUCGACAAGGCAGUGCAUUUUUUUGAAGGCAAGGGACUUCCGGUCGAAUGGGUGGACCGGCCUUACCAGUCGCGCACCUUCCGCACACGGGACCCACAUGGCAUUCCGCUUGAAUUCUAUUCCAGGAUGGACCGCCUGCCGCCGAUACACCAGCAAUACGCACUUUAUCGUGGCGUGAAGCCACUGCGGAUCGAUCACUUCAAUUGCUUCUCGCCCAAUGUCGAUGCCUCGGUCGCCUUCUAUAAUGAACUCGGUUUCCGCGUGACAGAAUAUACCGCAGAUGAGGAAACCGGACGGCUCUGGGCAGCCUGGACGCACCGCAAGGGCGGCGUCCACGAUAUUGCCUUCACCAACGGCAGUGGACCUCGCCUGCACCACACGGCAUUCUGGGUGCCGACGCCGCUCAACAUCAUUGACCUGCUCGACCUGAUGUCCACGACGGGAUGGGUUUCGAACAUCGAACGCGGGCCGGGUCGGCAUGGCAUCUCAAAUGCGUUUUUCCUUUAUGUCCGCGAUCCAGACGGCCACCGGAUCGAGAUCUACUGCUCCGACUAUCAGACCGUGGAUCCGGACCUUGAGCCGAUCAAAUGGGACCUCAAGGAUCCACAGCGCCAGACCCUUUGGGGAGCCCCUGCCCCCAAGAGCUGGUUCGAGGAAGGCUCGCUGUUCGAGGGCGUCGACAUCCAGGCGUCCAGUCUCGCCGCCCAGCCGAUUGUCGCGCCAUGA